AUGUCGGAGCGAAAAGUUUUAAACAAAUACUACCCCCCUGACUUUGACCCAUCAAAGAUUCCCAAGCUCAAGCUGCCCAAAGAUCGUCAGUAUGUGGUGCGGCUGAUGGCUCCCUUCAACAUGAGAUGUAAGACAUGUGGAGAAUACAUCUACAAGGGCAAGAAGUUCAAUGCUCGCAAAGAGACCGUGCAGAAUGAGUCCUACCUGGGCCUGCCCAUCUUCCGCUUCUACAUCAAGUGCACGCGCUGCCUGGCAGAGAUCACCUUCAAGACAGACCCUGAAAACACAGACUACACCAUGGAGCAUGGAGCCACGAGGAACUUCCAGGCUGAGAAGCUCUUGGAGGAGGAGGAGAAGAGGGUACAGAAGGAGCGGGAGGACGAGGAGCUGAACAACCCCAUGAAGGUGCUGGAGAACAGAACUAAGGACUCCAAGCUGGAGAUGGAGGUCCUGGAGAACCUGCAAGAGCUCAAAGACCUGAACCAGCGGCAGGCCCACGUGGACUUUGAGGCCAUGCUGCGGCAGCACCGCCUGUCAGAGGAGGAGCGGCAGAGGCAGGAGCAGGAGGAGGAUGAGCGGGAGACGGCGGCGCUGGUGGAGGAAUCAAGGAAAAGAAGACUCCUUGAAGACUCUGACUCAGAGGAGGACACCACCCCUACCCAGCCCCACCCAGCCCUCCGGCCCAACCCCACAGCCAUCCUGGACGAGACCCCGAAAGCCAAGAGGAAGGCAGAGAGCUGGGAGCGCAGCGUGGGUACCCUUGGCAGCAGGCCCCAGCUGUUGGGCCUGGUUGUGAAGAAAACAGACCUGGACACCAGCAUCCAGCGAGGAGGAGCCCCGCCCCUCCCAGGUGCAAUGAAGAAUGGACAGGCAGCUGGCCCAGCGCCCCAGACCCCCAGCACGUCCUCCCUGAGCCAGUUGGGUGUGUAUUCUGACAGUGAGGACAGCAGCGGCAGCAACUGA